GUGCCGCUGUGCCUGGGACACGUCCUGCUAGCGCCGAGCACCCACACCAGCCGUCCCCAGCAUCGCGCUGCUAAGAGGGAGCGGUGCCCGAGCCCGGGCAUGUGGUGCUGGACUAUGCCAUGUCCCCCCCUGGCCGGUGGGCAGCCCUGGCCCCGUGAGGACGCGGCCAGCCCCGAGCCGGACGCCGGGACGCCGGGGUGCCCAGUGCCACCAUGGCCCAGGUCUGGGAUGCGGCGCUGUCGGGGAUGACGGCGGGCAGCAGUCGGUCGCGGAGCUCCAGCAGCGAGGCCAGCCUGGCUCCCCGCUGCCUCCUCAGCAAGCAGAGCCGCCUGCUCAAUGGGGCCACCCGGGGCAGCCGCGCCGCCUCCCCCAUGGGCCGCGUCAUCCUCAUCAACACCCCCAUCGAAGCCAGCAGCAACGAGAGCAACGUCAUCAACGCCAUCACGGUGGAGAAGAGCGUGGACGGCAAGCUGGGCUUCAGUGUCCGCGGUGGCUCUGAGCACGGGCUGGGCAUCUUCGUCAGCAAGGUGGAGGAGGGCAGCGCUGCCGAGCAGGCCGGGCUGUGUGUUGGUGACAAGAUCACGGAGGUGAACAGCGUAAGCCUGGAGAACAUCACCAUGAGCAGCGCCGUCAAGGUCCUCACUGGCAACAACCGCCUCCGCAUGGUGGUCCGGCGGAUGGGCCGUGUGCCAGGCAUCAAGUUCUCCAAGGAGAAGACAGCAUGGGUGGAUGUGGUGAACAGGCGCCUGGUGGUAGAGAAAAGUGGCUCGACAGCAUCGGAGAGCGGCUCUGAGGACGGGCUGCGGCGCAUUGUCCACCUCUACACCACCUCCGAUGACUACUGCCUGGGCUUCAACAUCCGUGGCGGCAGGGAGUUCGGCCUUGGCAUCUAUGUCUCCAAGGUGGACCCCGGGGGGCUGGCGGAGCAGAAUGGCAUUCGGGUGGGAGACCAAGUCCUUGCAGCCAACGGAGUCAAGUUCGAAGACAUAAGCCAUAGCAAGGCAGUGGAGGUGCUCAAGGGGCAGACCCACAUCAUGCUAACCAUCAAGGAGACCGGCCGGUUCCCUGCCUACAAGGAGAUGGUCGCCGAGUACUGCUGGCUCAGUCGCUUGACCAACGGGCAGCUGCAGCAGCUGUCUCAGGCCUCGGAGACCAGCUCCUCCAUCUCCUCCUACUCCUCGGGGCCAGGGGCUGUGAACGGGCUGGGGAUGGCCGCCCCGGGGUCCCCCGCCUGCACCGUGGACGUGGCCAUCUCCACGGAGGAUGGGCCGCGGCAGAGCUGGAUGCGGGAGCGUGCAGAGCGGGCCAUGCAGACCGAGCCAGCUGCCGAGGGGCUGGCGGGGAUGCGGCGCACGGUGCGGCCCCCUGAGCUGCUGCGGGACACAGCCAUCCGGGGCCAGGGCGCCCGCGAGCCCCCUGGUACCCACCCGCGCCGGACCUUCACCCACUCGCCCAAGACAGCGCUGCUGCUGGCGCUGAGCCGGCCCCGGCAGCCCAUCACGCGCUCCCAGAGCGACCUCACUGUCGCCGAGGAGAAGCGGAAGAAGGAAAAGCCGGAGGGACAAGGGGCACAGGGUGCCCACCCGGGGCUGCACCGCUCCAAGACCCUCGUCAAUCUCUUCUUCAAGGGGGGCCGUGCCACCAGCCAGAGCUGGGCCCCCCCCAGCCAGCAGCCCCCAGCCUCCGACCACCGGGCAUGCACCAAGUCCCUGGGGCACCCCAACGGGGACAGAGUAGGCGCUGUGCAGAAGUUUGUCAUCCGGAGCCUGAAGCGGGAGAAAAGCCGGCGUGCCAGCAUCCUGGGCCCUGCGGGCAUCGCCACUCUGCAGUCCAACGGCAGCGACCCCGAGGCCCGGCUCCCGCACAUCCAGGACACCGCCGCACGCCUCCUCAGCCCUGAUGAGGUGACAGCCGUGCUCCGCCACUGCUCCCAGUACUUGCACGAGGGCAGCGUGGAGGAUUUGGUGCGGCCGCUGCUGGCCAUCCUGGACCGGCCUGAGAAGGUCCUGCUGCUGCGGGAUUGCACUCACCUGCCCCCCGCCCAGCCCACCGCGAUGUCCCCCCCAGGAGACACCUCAUCACACCAGUGCCUGGCGGGGACUGGGGCAGCCACCAACGGCCCUGGGGAUGCUGGCAGGGAGGAAGAGGAGGAGUACCGGCUGCUCACUGUCACCCUCUCCAAGCUGAAGCACUCGCUGGGGAUCAGCAUCUCCGGCGGCAUCGAGUCGAGGGCGCAGCCGGUGGUGAAGAUCGAGAAGAUCUUCCCUGGGGGAGCUGCCUUCCUCAGUGGCGUCCUCAAGGCCGGGCAGGAGCUGGUGUCGGUGGACGGGGAGAACCUGCAGAACGUCACCCACCAGCGGGCUGUGGACAUCAUCCGCCAGGCCUACCGCAACAAAGCCAAGGAGCCCAUGGAGCUGGUGGUGCGGGUGGCCGGAGCCCCCCUGGAGUGACAUUGCACCCCCCCCUUCGAGGAGCCUUCCCGCACUCUGGAGGAGCCGGCUGGCUCAUUCCUGCACCGAGCUGUGGCUGGUCUCAGCACAGCCAGAGGGCACAAGAGCUGGAGCUGCCCCAUGGGCAUGGAGGAGCUGCCUGCAGCAGGACCCAAGGGGGGGGCAUGUGGCCCCUGUCCCCCCCUCCAGACAUAUGGACGCAGCCCUGAAAAAAACCACAGCCAGGGGCUUGUUUUUAAUGGGCGUUUCCGGGUGGUACAUGGGCGAGCCGGGCUCUGGGAAUGGGACACAACCAAAAUAAAGUACAAAAAUCCCCCCCCGGAGCUGGGGGCGACCAAGCCAGACCUGGGCACGGCCAGGCUUUUCCUUUGG